AUGACAAAGGCACAGGGAAAGGUUGAGAGGUCGCCUAAGGUCAAAGAUGGUGUUGCCGCCGAAAAUAAACGGCUGAGCGGCGACGCUGACGCCGCGCCUAGCUUCUCUGAUGCUAUGGUAGCUAAUCUCACAAAACGAAUUGAGCAAAAGUUGAAAGGGGGAGAAAGUGGGAAUGGAGCUCCAAACAAAGUUGACAAGAAACCGAAAGCUGGGAAGAAUGAAAAGCGCAAGGACCGGGACUCGAUCAUUGAAACCAAGCCCGCCGAUAAAGCUCCUAAGAAACGGGAGUCAAUUCCUGAGAGCAAGCCUGUCGAGAAGACGGCCAAAAUAAGGGAACCAAUUGCCGAUAUCAAGUUCGCCGAUAAAGCUGGCAAGAAACGGGACCGGAGCGGAAAGAUAAUUAAACCCCAAGUGACGGAACGACCCCAGUUGGCAGAGAAGGGCCAGUCUGCAGGUGGGAAGUCAUUGGAGGAGGAGGUGUAUGCGAUUGGCGGUACUAAGGAGGAUAUUGACCUGGUUGCUGGCGUUGAAUCCGACUCGGAAAUGGAAGAUAAAGAAGUAUCCAGUGGCGAUCUUGAGAAGCUCCGUAAAGAUCUCGGAAGACUCAUUAACGGCGGCGACGCACUUCCCGAUAUCGAAGAUACGCCGGCAAAAGAGGAGACGAAACCUGCUAAAGCGAAGCAAGAAAAAAAGCAAGACAAAAAGAAGGAGAAAAAGCAGGAAAAAAGGGAAGCUGAGGAAAUAAUCCCAGAGGAGGCAACCCGAGAGAAAUUGGUGCUAGAGAAGGCAGCUCCAGAGUCAGCUCCAGUUAAGCGUGAUAGUAAAGAGGCGCAGAAGAAGGAUGCCGUGAGCGCAGUAACUGCUGUGACGCAUGAAGCUAAAGCGCCAAAGAAGGCACCGCUGUCGUCCUCCAACCUCGUUGUCCCUGAUCGAUCCGACUGGUAUGCUACCCCUCUACCCGAAGUUCCAUACGAUGCCAACCGUCCUGCCAAUGUUCCACGACAAGUGCUUGAGCGUGUUCGCGAAUACGCAAUGACAUUGCUGGAAGCAGACAAUAAAGCGUACUUGUCGAAUAAAGACUCGAAGUCCUCGAGCCACAAGUUUUAUUCGACUAUUGUCUCUUCAGGUACUUUAAGUGACAAAAUAUCUGCAUUGACCCUCUCUGCACAAGAAUCACCUUUACACAAUACACAGGCAUUGGAGACUUUAGUUGGUUUGGCGAAGAAGCGAAGCAGAGCUCAAGCGGUUGAGGUCUUGCGGUCGCUGAAAGAUUUGUUCGCCCAAGGAACCCUGCUACCUAGUGACCGAAGAUUGAAACACUUUGUCAAUCAGCCGGCCUUGGCUGCUGCUAUUGCAGAGUCUGGAGGUAAUUGGGAUAUCGGAGACCGACUCCCAGGACAAAUUGAAAAAUGCCAUUUGGUUAUGUGGGCAUUUGAAGACUUCGUUAAAGAGCAGUACUUCGAGGUGCUAAAAGUUCUUGAAGUUUGGUGCAAUGAUGAAAUAGAAUUCUCUCGAUCCAGAGCCCUGAGCUACGUUUACGAACUUUUGAAGGAGAAACCGGAGCAGGAAUCUAACCUGCUACGUCUUCUGGUAAACAAAUUGGGUGACCCCAGCAAGAAAAUUGCUUCGCGCGCAUCAUACCUCCUCCUUCAACUGGAACAAGCCCAUCCGCUCAUGAAGGGAACAAUUGUUUCUUCAAUAGAGUCAGAAUCCCUCUUCCGCCCAGGGCAGAGUCAACAUGCGAAGUACUAUGGCGUCAUCACUCUCAACCAAACAAUUUUAAGCACAGCCGACGAUAAAGUUGCAUCCCAGCUUCUUGAUAUUUACUUUCCCCUUUUUGUGGCUCUCCUGAAACCAAAGAAAGAAACUCAUGUCUCUGGGAAACAUAAAAAGAAGGAUAAAUCCUCUAAACAGGGCAAGAAGGGUCACGGUAAAGAGGAAGAAAUUAUUGCCAAAGGAGAGGCCCAAGACGAGGAGCUGCGGGAAAAGCUCAUUUCAGCUGUCUUGGUCGGUGUAAACCGUGCUUAUCCUUUUACAACUUCAAGUUUUGAACUUCUUUCCAAACAUCUGGAUACCCUAUUUCGCAUUACCAACUCAUCCAAUUUCAAUACCAGUAUCCAAGCUCUUAUGCUUAUUCAACAGCUUUCAUCGUCACACGCAGUUUCGGCAGAUCGUUUUUACAAAACGCUCUAUGAAUCUUUGCUGGACCCUCGCAUCGUGACGUCUUCAAAGCAGUCGAUGUACCUUAAUCUCUUAUAUAAGGCAUUGAAUGCGGAUAUCAACAUAAAACGAAUUAAGGCCUUUGUUAAGCGACUAGUCCAAGUCCUAGGCUUGCACAAUCCGUCGUUCAGUUGUGGUGUGUUGUACCUGAUCAGACAGCUGGAAUCGACUUUCCCUUCCUUGACAACAUUGGUGGACCAGCCGGAAGAUCUCGAGAGUGAUGAUGAGGAAGAAGUCUUCAAAGAUGUCCCUGAGGAGGGAGAGGAAGAGGCGGAUGCGGUUGACGAGGGAGCUAAGAAACAACCUUUUCUAACGCGCUACGAUGCUCGGAAGCGAGAUCCAGAACAGAGUAAUGCUGAUAAAAGCUGUCUUUGGGAAUUGCUUCCUUAUUUAUCUCAUUUCCACCCCUCGGUAGCCGUUAGCGCUAAGCAGCUUCUAGCGCACGAGAAAAUGUCUGGGAAGCCUGACCUCACGAUCCACACUCUCACUCACUUCCUAGAUCGUUUUGUUUACAGAUCCCCCAAGGCUACGCCUGGCCUUCGUGGAUCCUCUAUUAUGCAGCCUCUUGCAGGUGGGGAUUCAAGUGGUCUAUUGGUAACAUCUGGACGAAGCGCAGCACAACAACCCGUGAACAGCGAGUCAUUCUGGAGGAAACGGAGCGACGAAGUAUCUGCCGAAGACGUUUUCUUCCACGACUACUUCAAUCGCUUGGGUAAGGACAAAUUGCGCCAGAAAUCCAAGAAGAAGGCCGGUUCCAAGGGCGAUGGCGAAGACGAGAGUGACGGAGAGUCCAAAGUUUGGAAAGCUUUGGUACAAUCGCAGCCCGAACUUGAUGGUGAAGGCAUUAGCGACGAUGAUAUGGAUAUGGACGGCUUUGAUUCUGCCAUGGAAGGAAGCGGCGAUGACUUGGAGGGUAUGUCCGAUGACAUGGAUGAGGAAGAUCGUGAAAUCGACGAUGGAGUUAUCAUUAACGAGGAUAGCUCCGCCGGGGAAGAGGAGGAGGAGGAGGAAGAAGAAGAAGUGGCUUCCGAGGCUGAGCCUGAGGUAGACAAAUCUAUGGACAUGGAUGACGACAUGUUCAAUUUCGAUCAAUCCGAUGAUGAGGCGUUCUUGGGUAGUGAUGAAGAGCUACCUUCUGACCUGGAUAUGGACGUCGCCGUACCAGAAGAUACGUCGUCUACCAACAAAUCUCAAUCACAGUCAAAGAGGGAGAAGAGACGAAAACUCAAGCACCUACCCACGUUUGCGUCUGCCGAAGAUUACGCUGCGCUGCUAGGCAAAGACGACGACGAAGAUUUUUGA